AUGACGUAUGGGGCAGUACUUGUCCUCUCUGAGGCAGCCCUUCUGACAUGGGAGCUGCUAGCUGUCCGGGAACCUGGCAGCUAUCGGCUGUGCCGCUGUUUGGGAAGCUGCAGCAUGAUCACCGCAGCGAUGCCGGAUGGAAGCCCUACGCCGCGAAGUUCUGAAUGGACCUCGACAGUAACUGUGAGAAUUCGAGCAGUUCUUCAUGCUGCAUUGCAAUCUGGGCAUCCCAACCUGGUUCUGGGUGCCUGGGGUUGUGGGGCCUUCGGAAACCCUCCAAGGGAGGUGGCACAGCUCUUUUGCCAGCAGCUGGCUUCCGACGAUUUCCGUGGUGCUUUCGAUUCUGUGGUUUUUGCCAUCAUCGAUCCGAAGGGCGACGGAAACUUGCGACCAUUCCGAGAGGUGCUACAGACGCUUUGCGAGGUGGUCAUGGAGUGA